UGGGGAGCUAUGGCUGCAGAGAACCCCGUGGAAAGCCUCAAAGAUGAAGCUACUUGUUCCAUCUGUCUGGACUAUUUCGAAGAUCCAGUGUCUAUACGCUGUGGGCACAAUUUCUGCCGAGCCUGCAUCACCCAGUACUGGAGGAAGUCAGAUACAAACUUCUCCUGCCCUCAGUGCAGGAAAAUUGUUCAGCACAGAAACUUCAAGCCAAACAGGGUGCUGGCAAAUGUUGUGGAAAUAGCCAAACAGCUGAGUUUACAGGCAGCAAAAGAUUCAGGAGGCGAGAGAGAGUGUGAGAAACACCAGGAGGCUCUGAAACUCUUCUGUGAAGAGGAUCAAAAUCUAAUUUGUUGGAUCUGCAGAGACUCCUGGGAUCACAGAGCUCACACUGUGGUUCCCAUAGAAGAAGCUGCCCAAAAUUACAAGGCUCACAUUCAGAGACAACUGGAGUUUUUGAAGCAAGAGCGAGAUGAGGUUCUGGAUUUUAAACGGAGUGGGGAAAUGAAAACCCAGAAGCUGCUGAAACAGACAGAAACCCAGAGGCAGAAGAUUGUGUCCGAAUUUCAGCAAGUGCGCCAGUUAGUGGAGGAAAAACAGCGAUUCCUGCUUGCCCAGCUGGAUGAGAUAAACAAGGACAUUUUAAAGAGGCAGAACAACUAUAUUGCCAAAAUCACAGAAGAAAUAUCCCGUCUUGACCACCUGAUCAGUGAGCUGGAAGGGAAGUGCCAGCAGCCAGCGAGUGAAUUCCUGCAGGACAUCAGAAGCACCUUGAGUGGAGGCAGACAGAGGACGUUUGAGAAUCCAGUGAAUCUUUCUCCUGAAUUUAAAUGGGGCAGCUGGGAUUUCUCUGAAAAGACCAGAAUUCUGCACAACAUUCUGAAGAACUUCAAAGAGACUCUGGUGUCAGAAUGGAGGCUGGACAAAGAAAAUGUGACGCUGGAUCCAGACACAGGAAAUCCCUGGCUCAUUGUGUCUGAGGAUCAGAAAGGCAUGAGAUGGCAGAAUCCAUACAACAAUUUCAGAGUAGAAGAUUUAUCGUUUCUCCCUGUCCUGGGCUGUGAGGCAUUCACCUCGGGCAGACAUUACUGGGAGGUGGAGUUGAAGGAGGGGGGGAACGUGCGUCUAGGGGUCGCCAGAGAGUCUGUGAAGAGAAUGGGAAAGGUCAGCUUGAAGCCCAAAGCGGGGGUCUGGGCUAUAGAGCAGUUGGGGCCCUAUUACCAAGCUUUCACCUCCCCUAUUACCAACUUGUCUCUGAGUCGGAGCCCCAGAAAGAUCGGGGUCUAUCUGGACUAUGAAGGGGGGCAGGUGACAUUUUAUGAUGCUGAUACCAAGGCCCUGAUCUUCGCGUUCCCACCAACCUCUUUCACUGGGCAAAGAAUUCGCCCUUUCUUCUUUCUUUUUGGUGUAAACUCCCAGCUCAGACUGUGUCCCUGA